AUGGCUUCUAUUCGCAAACCAACUGUUAGAAAAGAGUGUCAAUGCUCUAUCUGUAAAAGCAAGACACUAGAAUUUGAUCGUGUAUCUGUUAAAACAUUUAAAUGUCAUCAAGAAAAAGAUAAUCAUGAUAUUACACAUGUUCAAAUACCCUAUAAAGACGCAUGCGAUACAAUUAGUAGUGCUGUUUCUGAGCCUGUAAAUCAAGAGGAAGAUAGUUUUGAAUUUGAACAGGAAGAUGUUGAAAUCAAUUCUGAGCUUAGAAAAGAAGAAGAAUAUGAAGAUGAAUCCAAUGUUGAGAUGGACAAUGAUAAAGUUGCUCUUUUUGUCUCACUAUAUGUUGUGAAUGAAGGAGCUGUAAUCCUGAUUGCCAUAAUCAACAAGAUCCUGCAGUUUUUGUUUGACCCAUUCCACCUUCCUGUGAGUGUUGCUGACCUCAAACAUUUGGCCGCAUUUGAAGCGUUGACAAGUGGUGUCAAGAAGUAUGUUGCAUGUAGCAAAUGCCAUGCCAUAUAUGAUAAUGAAGCCGCCCCUUUGUGUUGUAUAUCACCCAAUUUUGGUAAAACCUCCUUGUGUGGCAACAGCUUGUUGAAGUCUGGUCCCAGGUCAAAAGCACCCAAAAAGACAUAUGUAUUCCACUCCAUCAAGAAAGUCCUAAAGACGUUUUUUCAAUGCCCGGAUUUUGAAAACAAGAUCAACUCAUAG